AUGGCGUGUGGCAUCUCUGAAACGGACUUAAAGUCGGCUCCUCUCAUCGCCCUGAACGUGAGCGUGAGAAAUAAACUGGGACUGUAUCUAAACCCGAAGAACACCGUGGCGGCGGACUGGAUGGAUGUCGCCGAGGCCAUGGGCUUCUCUUACCUAGAGAUUAAGAACUUCGAAAGGUCCAAAAAUCCCACUAAAACUAUUCUGGACGACUGGCAGGCUCGGACCACAGAUGCGACAGUGGGGAAGCUGUUGUCUCUGCUGACGGAGGUGGAGAGACGUGAUAUUGUGGAGGACCUGCGCCCUUUAAUGGGUAAGUUAGUUUAGUGUACUUUGUUUACUUCUUUGUUUGCAUGCUUACUACAUUGUUAAGAUUGCACAAUAUAGUCAUGUACAGCCAACAAAGCGUCAUACUUUGUACAAUGAUAUAAGUAAAACCCUUUAACAGAUUAAGUGGGCAAUAUAGGUACUACUAAAUCGCUCUCAAGACUUAAUAAAUCUUUGUGAUUGCCCAGUGACAUUGUUGAUUUUGGGGCCCUAUAUUUCUGCCAAUAAUAUUGAUUGUUGAUCAUUCACACACCUUCAGAAAUCUCUUUGAUUAACAUUCCAUGAUAUGACAUACCUUUAUUUUGGCGGUUUUAUCUCUUUUUGCCUCUUUCUUUUCUCUGCUCAUGAAGGAUAUGCCCUUUUUGCCUCAUUGUUUUGCCUGACAACUGCCUGCGCUUUGGAUGCUCAGUGCACAUUGCACAGCAGAAGGCACAUACAGAAAGCAUCACUCAUACAUGCAAAAAAUAAAAUAUAUUUAUUUAUUUUUUUGAUUGCUCUUGGGGGGGCCCCAUUGGCCACGGGGCCCUAAGCAGGCCCUAAGUUCACUUAUGCCUUAGGCUGGCUCUGUAAUUAUCUUAUAGUUUGUCAAUCUUUGCAGAUUUCUUAUAUCAUGAUAUUAACAGUAUUGAGGACAGUGUAUCAGGGCGCAUACCCAGCAGGCUUGUGUUGUUUUGCAAGUAUUAUGGUAUCAUGUCAUCAUAUUACAUUUUCAUACAAGUUACUUUGCAAUUAUCAUCCUUGUUUUUUAACACAUUGACUGCGUUAUCCAGCCCAAAUAACUGUGUAUGUGUGUGUUAUAUGUGUGAACAUGUUUUUGUACCAGAUGAAGAUGUGAGAAAAUAUCAUGAGAGUCUGAAACAGAGAGCGGAGCCCCCAGUUCAGGUUCCAGAGGUUGACAGCUGUAUCACUCGACCCUCCUCAGAAGGAUUUGGUUUCACUCUGGAAGAUGAGGAAGGUCAGCAUCUGUAAAAGCAUUUUUUUCAUUAUCAACACCAACAUAAAUACUCCUCAUAUUCCACCUGCAUUGAUUACGUCAACUCAGAAACCCAGACUUUGAAUCAUCGCAUUAUUACUCAGCACUGCUUUUCAGACAUGUUGCAAUUUUUCCUAACCCAGGUUUCAUUUACUCUCAUCAGUCAUACAGAGCAACGGUAAAAAUGGCAGUACAUUUAAAAUGUUAUUGUAAAGUCAGAAAAUUUAAAACUGCAUCUUUUUAAAUAUCCACAAUAUACAAAAGGUCUUCAGUAGUUGUUGGUCCAGUCCAUAACUUUUGCAGUUCUUUGCCAAUUUGAAAACCAGCUGUGAAUGUUUCUCUAAAAAGUUCUCCUGACAAGUUGAAGCAUCCACAUUGGUAAAUUUCAGUCACUGUAAUAUAGUGUUGCAGUAGAAGGAAGAAUAUUUGCUCAAAUCAGAUUUAGAUAGCUGUUAUUUUCUGCAGUCAAGCAUUGAACAGGAAAAGCUCCAAACAAUCUUCAAAUCAAAUCAUCUGAAGCUCUUAUCACCAACACGCACACUGUUUCCACUUCCUACCACAGUUAGCGUUGCACAGUUAGUUUGUACUUUUACUUCACUUCUGUGGAAUACUGUCUGACCUCAUGAGGUUGUGUUAUUGAUUCUCAUCAAACUGCACUGUUUGCAGGUGCCCCUGAGCUGUUUGAUGCCUUUAUCUGCUACUGCCAGAGCGACUUUACUUUUGUCCACAAGAUGAUCCAGGAGCUGGAGCAGACAGAGUACAAGCUGAAGCUGUGCGUGUUUGACAGAGAUGUCCUCCCUGGAUCUUGUGUAUGGACCAUCACGAGUGAGCUCAUUGAGAAAAGGUGGAGUGUUACAAAUGUCAACUCCUUUUAGGUUUAUUUGAAUAAUUUUCACUAUACCUCUACUUUUACGAGAGAAACAUACAAAAAACUGGCACAUGAAGCCUAUUAAACCUACUAUAGACAGCUCAGCCAAAGGUCAGCAUGGCUGAAUUACAUGCUUUUAAUACACUUUUUUUAUUUAUUGACUACUCUGUUUUUGUCAUUCUGGUGCUUAUUCAUGAAAAACAACCAGAGUGAGAACCACCCACAAAAUCUGCAUUCUGAGACUUUCACUCCCCUGUGUGGAUGAAGAAUAUAAAGUUUGUUCAGAUACAAAAGAUUUCAAAGCUUUUUCAGAAAGUUAAUUGCAGUUUCAAUUUAGAAAUUGAAAGCCAUCCAAGGAUAAAAUUGUCAAAGACAGCUUCUCAACACCCCCUGUGAAACUUUAGUGGGUGUCAUUAUCAACUGUUUGUAAUACAUGAGCUUUUUUCCGUGCAGGUGUAAACGGAUGGUGGUGGUGAUUUCCGAUGAAUACCUUGACAGCGAUGCCUGUGACUUUCAGACAAAGUUUGCUCUCAGCCUUUGCCCCGGUAAAAAAUUUGACAGCCUCUGUAAUUGUAUUUCACAGCGCCAUUUUUAUCGCAUAUGCCUUUGCAUCUGUCUGACUUGCCUUUUUUUCUGUUCCUGUUUUAGGUGCAAGAAACAAGCGGCUUAUUCCAGUGGUAUACAAGCCAAUGAAAAAGCAGUUCCCAAGCAUCUUACGCUUCCUCACUGUAUGCGACUACACUCGGCCUUGCACACAGGCUUGGUUCUGGGUACGGCUGGCCAAAGCCCUCUCACUACCCUGA